AUGGAACGCCUUUGCUACUACCCGAUUCCAGGCAUCUCGUUCAAACUAUACCACGUCCUCGACCGCUUCCACGACUCUGCCACCCGCUGGUCCCCCACCACGGGCCUCGCAGCCGAAGACACUUCCACAACCCCCGACAACGAGAAAGACUUGGUUCAGAGCAUCUUCGACUAUUUCUGCAACAACCUCGAUCGCCCAAACCCUACCCCUUACGUACCCGUCGUUCUCCGCCAACAUGUGGACAUCGAGGCUUUGAAGCAGCGCGUCGGCGAAGAGAUCCUCGUGCUCGAGAUCGAUGUGGAGAAAAUGAUGCCAGGGGCACGGAUUUAUCCUGUCCGCGAUAUCGUUACGGGAUUCAAUCUUGAGUGGCCGGGCGGUGCGAGGGCGGAGUGGUUGAAGACGUAUUUGAUUCUGCAUCGGGUGCCGAAGGAGGCUAUUACCGUUUUCACGCCUGAUGGAUUGGUGGAGAAAGAACGGGAAGUCAGGUGUCAGAAAGAUAAGGCGAUUGAGGAUAAGACUUUUGGCGCACUUCGAGCUCAUCAGGCUGCAGAAGCUCAGGCUGCAGAAGCUCAGGCUGCAGAAGCUCAGGCUGCAGAAGCUCAGGCUGCAGAAGCUCAGGCUGCAGAAGCUCAGGCUGCAGAAGCUCAGGCUGCAGAAGCUCAGGCUGCAGAAGCUCAGGCUACAGGAGCUCAAGCUUUGAGCCCAGUUCAGGAUGUUGGAAGUAGCGAACGGAUCGAAGGAAAACGUCAGCCAUUCUUCAGCCGCUUGUUCAAGGGAAGGAGGCGAUGA